AUGGCCACCGUGUUGGAGGCCCAACACAGAAGCCCAGGCACUCAGUGGAGGGCCCUAUUUGAGGCCCAGUUCGACGCCAUCUGCCACAAGUUCUGGCUCCGCAUCGCCCAGCGAGCUGCCUUACGCCCCCCUAUGGCAACAAAGCUGCAUCAAGCAGCAGAUCCCACAGCCAGCCUCUCUCCUGAGCUGGGGGCCCACCCU